UGUCAGCUGCAGAUACUGAGGUCUGAAGUCAGUUUCUCAUGAUGAAGAGCAGAGAGAGAUCUUCAUCUCCAGACCCCAGCUGUGUGUCUAUGAAGAGUGACAGAUCCAUGGGUCAUCCUCCUAAUAUCAGUGAUGAAGCAGUGACCUCUGACCCCAGAGUGGAUAGAGAUGAUCAAACUGGAGAUUCUCCUCAACCAGUGAAUGAUGAACUACAGAGAGUCAAAGACCGACUCAAAACCAGCAUGAAGAGCAAGUAUGAGAGAUUAUUUGAGGGAAUGAAUCUCCAAGAGAAUGAAACCCUCCUGAACAGGAUCUACACACAGCUCUACAUCAUAGAGGGAGAGAGAGGAGGAGUGAAUGAAGAACAUGAGGUUUUACAGAUGGAGAAAUCAGCCAGAACACAACACUCACAAGACACUCCAAUCCACUGCAAUGACAUCUUUAAAGCCUCUCCUGAACCAGGACGCCAGGAGAAACAGCAGAUCAAGACUGUUCUUACUAAAGGCAUCGCUGGAAUCGGGAAAACCGUCUCUGUGCAGAAGUUCAUUCUGGACUGGGCCGAGGGGAAAGACCAUCAGGAUGUAGAUUUCAUGUUUGUGCUUCCAUUUCGAGAGCUGAACUUGAUCCGAGAUCAUCAGUACAGUCUUCACAGACUUCUGCUGGACUUUCAUCCUGAACUUCAAGAUCUGGACUCAAAGAUGUAUGAGGAGUGUAGAGUUGUGUUGAUCUUUGAUGGUCUGGAUGAAAGCAGAAUCCCACUGAUGUUUUCAGACGCUCAGGAAGUUUCUGAUGUGACUGAGUCUUCAUCAGUGGGUGUGUUGAUGUCAAACCUCAUGAAAGGAGAUCUGCUUCCCUCGGCUCUCAUCUGGAUCACCUCCAGACCAGCAGCAGCCAAUCAGAUCCCCUCCAAAUACAUCCACCGUCUGACAGAGAUUCAGGGAUUCAGUGAUCCUCAGAAGGAGGAAUAUUUCAGGAAGAGAAUCAGUGACGAGCAUCAAGCCAGCAGAAUCAUCUCUCACAUCAGAAGAGCAAGAAGCCUCCACAUCAUGUGCCACAUACCCGUCUUCUGCUGGAUCUCCUCCACUGUGCUUCAGAAGCUCCUGGAAGAAGAUCUGAGUGCAGAAAUCCCUCAAACUCUGACUGAAAUGUACAUCCACUUCCUGCUGAUUCAGAUCCACAUGAGGAAUCAGAAGUAUGAAGAGAGAGAUCCAGAGAAACUCCUGCGCUCCAACAGAGAAGUGAUUGUGAAACUUGCUGAAGUGGCUUUCCAUCAGCUGAUGAAGGGCAAUGUGAUGUUCUACGAGGAGGACCUGAGAGAGAGCGGCAUAGACGUCACUGACGCCGCAGUGCAUUCUGGGAUCUUUAAGGAGAUCUUUAAGGAGGAAUCUGUGAUUCAUCAGAGGAAAGUCUACAGCUUCAUUCAUCUGAGCGUCCAGGAGUUUCUCGCUGCUUUCUUUGUGUUUUACUCGUAUAUGAUCAACAACAAGGAACCACUGCGUGAAUAUAGGCUUUUCAGAUCUGAUAAAGACUCUCUGUAUGAUCUACUAAGAUCAGCAGUAAAUAAAGCCCUCAGGAGUCAUAAUGGACGUCUGGAUCUGUUCCUGCGGUUCCUGCUGGGCGUCUCACUGGAGUCCAAUCAGAGACUCUUACAGGAUCUACUGACACACACACAGAACAGCUCAGAGGACAUCAGGAGAAUCACACAGGACGUUCUAGAGAUGAUUAAGACAUGCUUUUAUGAUCAUGAUGACAUUUAUGUAGAUGAACUUGAUAUGCGAUACAAAGAAAAUAAAAAACUUGCUGAACUCUCAGCUGAUCAAUCCAUCAAUCUGUUCCUCUGUCUGCUGGAAGUGAAAGAUCAGACUCUGUCCAGAGAGAUUCAGGAGUUUGUGAAAUCAGACAAACACUCACAGAAGGAACUCUCUCCGUCUCACUGCUCAACAAUCUCCUUCAUGCUUCAGAUCUCAGAGGAGCCGCUGGAUGAGCUGAACCCCAUGAAAUACAACACAUCAGCUCAGGGCAGAAGAAGACUGAUACCAGCUGUGGUCAACUGCAGUAAAGCUCGGUCCGCUGAUCGCACCAUUGUCCACUGCUUGCAGUGCCACAAACCCCAGGACAACCUUGCUGUUCAUCUGGCCAGAGUGUGCAUGAAGAAACGCACGCCUGAGGAGAGAGCGGCCGAGGUUCAGAAAGCCAAGGCUUCGGGCAAAGAGUGGAUUCGGACGAACAGGACCUGGGACUACAACCAGAUCUGUGUGCUCCUGCCUGACCGGCGCUCUCGGGUCACCAUGGUCAAGGAGCUUCUACGGCGUGGUUUUUUUAUCACGAACCAGCCCCGCGAGUCUGACAGUGACGAAGAAGAAGAUGCUGCUCCGUCUGAUCUUCCUCAAACCCGGUUGGUUCAGACGGCUCCGGGCAUUAAACACUGCCAGAAGAUCGUGAGAGUGGCGAAGCCGGACGUGCUCAGGAUCCAGAGGGACCUGCAGGCGGGCAGAGAGCUCUCCAACACGGACCAGACGCUCUACCGCUAUUACUGCGAGGCGCUCUUGGUGUUUGUCCACAUGCAGCGUCCCAGAGCCGUAGAAGCCUUGACGGAUACCGAGUGGGUGAACAAGACCAAGCUGGGGGACAGGUUUGUGAUCGGCGUACAGAGGGAGAAAGCCUCGAGUAUGCAGAUCGCUCUGACCCAAGAGGAGGAAGCUUGCUUGGAGCUGUACUUCAGCCGCAUCAGGCCUGAGAACAUUCAGCCGGAUAAACUCUGCAAGAGCUUCUUCGUCUCGUCGUCUGGCGUGGAGGUUCACAGUGUCUCUCGGGACAUGAAUCGGCUGCAUAAACUGUACAAGCUGGCUCCUUUCUCUGCCCAGUGUGUGCGGAGGGCGGUUGAGGAGGCUGCAGAAAAGCUCCCGGCGCAGCAACAGGAGGCGCUCCAGCAUUACCUGUCCAUCAGCGCUGGUGCGGUCCGGCCGCAGGAUGUCCUCGACGCGGCUCUGCUGCUGGAAUCAUUAGUCAGCACUUCUGCGGACGAGACGUCCUCGGCCACAAGCGGUGCCGCUGGACCAUCUGGGAAGAGCUUCGCUGAAUUCGUGGAGAUAUUUCCUGUUUCGCCGGAGGGUCAGCCGCCGUCCAAGAAGCAGCGCGUCGAAUCAGGCUUUCCAGAUGACCGCGUUUUUUAUGACAAGUGGCGGAUUACCCAGCGUGCCCAGCGAGAGGAAUAUCUGCUGUCACGUUUCACAGUCCACAAGCCUUCGGCCGCAAAGGUGGCGCGGCUUAUCGCGCAGGAGGGGUGGAAGGUCAACUGUCCCAAGCCGGAGGACAUCGAGCGGAUGUGGACACCAGUUUCGAAGGCCGCGGUUGAAGAUUACAAGUUCAUCCUUCGCUGUGUGUCUGAGCAGAACUGGGCCGGCGUGGCCAUUAAAGACUUUGGUGGCAAGAACGGUUUGGGAGUCGUGGCAACUCGGACUUUUUCCAAGAACGACAUUGUCUGCGAUUACCACGGCAGGGUCAUCCCAGCGGCACGAGGGAGGGCGAUGGUGCAGGAUGACGAGGACGGGCACAUGUUCUUCUUCAAAGCCGGACAGAGAGAGCUCUGCAUCGACGCCCAGACCUUUCCGUGCGAGUGCCACCCUGGCACAGACACCGUUGGCAGGAGGAUAAACCACUCCACAAAAGCACCCAACCUGAAGCCCUUUCACUGCAGGCUGCGUGUGGACGGGGAGGACAAGUACGUCAUCCUCCUCAGGGCGCUGCAGGACAUCAGUGUGGGUGUGGAACUACGGUUUGACCACGGGGUGAAGAGGAAGUCCUUCUGUGGAGAGGGCCUGGACCCGAUCUUCAUCACACAUGUGGAAGUGAAGUGAAGUGGAGCUGGAGAGAUUUGAGAAAGAUUCGUGCUUUAUUUCACAGUGUGUUCGUUCCCAUGUCCUGGAGCUGGAGUGGGUGGAUGUCUGCCGACCCUGACAGACUCUAUAAUAUUGGACAUAUAUUUAUGCUUUAUGUACAGGACUUCAUAUAAAGCUGUUACACAUAUUUCUUUACUGUUUUAAAAAUAAAAAUUCACUUAAUUGA